CAUCUGCUUACAUAACCGACUCGACAUCUUCCUCGGCGAAAGCCUGAAAAGUUCAAUACACACGAUCAUGGGCAAGAAGCACACUACGAAUGCUCCACCCUCUCGCGUGAACAGACCAAGACGGGGUGGACGCACCCAACGACAUAGAACCUCCCAGCAAUCCCAGUCAUUGUCUGGCUUCCCCGAAGACUUCGCCAAGCCUUCAAGCAUCAUCGAAGAUAACAGCUCAAAUCAUUCCUCAGGUGAAGAUGACGAAUGCGAGUGAUUUAACAAGGCAAUGAAACGACCACUCAUCAAUGCACAGCUGGGCGACCGCACAUUGAUAUACCCGUAGCGAUGUGGGACUUCGACCAUUGCGAUCCACGCCGAUGCUCUGGGAAAAAACUCGCCCGCCUUGGUCUUAUAAUGGAGCUGAGGGUAGGAUCCAGAUUUCGAGGUGUGGUCGUAUCUCCAAAGGGGGCCCUUGUCGUGAGUCCAGCAGACAAAGAGAUCGUUGGACGAGAUGGUGUCGCCGUUGUCGAAUGUUCCUGGGCGCGCAUAGACGACGUCCCAUUCUCAAAAAUUGCCAGCCCACAUGAACGGCUACUCCCCUACUUGCUUGCUACCAACCCCACCAAUUAUGGCAAGCCUUGGCGGCUGAACUGCGUCGAGGCACUCGCAGCGACUUUCUACAUUACAGGGUUUGAUCAGCAUGCAGAGACCCUGCUCAGUUCGUUUGGGUGGGGCGAUUCUUUUUGGAAAGUCAAUGGUCCAUACCUCAAACGAUACCAAACAUGUGCAUCCGCAGAAGAGGUUGCCGUGAUGCAGGAGACCAUUAUUACAGAGCUCCAGGAGAGCUACGAGGAAUCACGCAGAAAGAAAGAUGCAUCUAGGAGCACCGAGGAUCUUCUCGUACGGAAUCCAAAUCAUACUCUGCCCAGUGAUGAUGAUGGAUCAAACUUUGCUUCAGAGGGCGACCUAGAGUGAUGUCACUGGAGAUGAAAUAUUUAUUGCCGUUUCGUUUUCAAAAUUAUCAGGGAAACAAUCUGCUACAGAGUGCCCUGUAGCACUCUGUAACACCCUGUAACACUGUAGCGCAAUCCAUCCCGCUUAUGACAGUUGGCACAGCUGCCGAAAUCUCAAUUUUUCAGCCCUUUCGAAUACCUAGAAUCAAACAAUUAUGUCUCAACAACCACUGCACCAAAUGCUAUGAUUCUUUACAGCUGUGUGUGACUUGAAUAGCAUCCCUGAGGAAAUGUUUUACUGAUGUACUCACCUUUGAUGAUGUAAAC